AUGGCUCUGGCGACUGAAAUGGAAGAGAUUUAUUCAUCUUCAGGUGUUAAAUUCAACUGGAAGAUCAAAAAAAUUUCAACUUCUGGAGCAAUUUUUACUGACACUGAUGUUUUCUCUAUUGGCGCUACUAAGUGGAAAGCAAGGAUUUAUCCAGAGGGAUUUGGGACAGUGUUUGACCACUUAUCACUCUACCUACUCGCCGUAGACUUGACAGAAAACGUCGACACGGAGUUCACUUUUGCCGUUACCAGUCAAACUGAUCGCAACAACACAGUGAGAAAGAAACGAAAAGUGAUUUAUGUUGAAACGAGUGUCCAAGGGUUUGGUUGGACAUAUUUCAUGCCUCUUCACAAACUUCAUGACCCGAAUAACGGCUAUAUUGUGGAUGAUAGUUGUGUCAUCUCAAUUGAGGUUACUUGCUGGAUGAAACAGGAGGAUUCAACACUGAAAGAGAGCGAUCCACACAAGCUCCCAGAGGCAAAGCGUGCCAAAAUCAAAGACGUAAGGAAGUUGAGUAUGAUUUGA